ACUGCCAUAAUAAAGAGUUCAAACUGCAGAAUGGCGUCUGCCUCCGCAUCUGACGAUUUUUAUGAGAGUGACCAAUUGGGCAGUGAUGAAUCUUCAGAAGAAGAAUCCGAUGAUCAGGACGAUCAGGAUGAACUGGAGGGUUGGGAUGAUCAGGAAAAUCAGAGGGUGCCUUGCAGGUAUUACAACAGAAGUGGUAAGUGUCGGAGUGGUGACAGGUGCCCUUACCUGCACGUUUGCAAGUACGCCCUGAAAGGAAACUGCCGCAAUGGAUCCAACUGUACGCUGAACCACCUCAGAGGUGAAAGAGCUGCCUCUGGUGGAAGCAACAGGGCUUUAGACGAGUCAACAUCUACAGACGUAAAGCUUACUGAUGGCCGAAGCUACCAGUGGCAGCUGAAUGAUGGAGGUGGCUGGGCGGAUAUUGAGAAUAAUCACAUCAUUGAGGCCCAGUACAGCCUGCCCCACACCAAAAGCAUUAAAAUCUACAACACACCAUAUGGGGCAGUGAGUAUAGAUUUUAACAGGAUGAAGGUGUAUGGAAAGAGACUGAGGGUUAGACGUUUGGAUGAUGGUAACAAUGUGUGGAUUUGGUACUGUACCUUGAGUCGAAAGUGGAUCAAGUAUGGAGAGAAGGAUGCAAAGGGGAACCCCAGUCCUGUGAAGAGCGCUGACAUAGAGCAGAAGUUCCAGAGUAACCCAUCAAGCUCUUAUACUUUCAACAAGGGUGCUGAAACCUUUGAGAUUAGAUUCAAAGAAAUGCGACAGGUGGGUCAAAAGGGAAAGAGGAAAGUUACUCGUCGUCCACAGUAUCAACAACAAGCAGGAGCAGCAGUUUCUCAAACAGCACAAGGUUUACAGAGCCUUCAGGUGGGCACCACACCACAAUGGCAGUUUGAGGGAGACAGUGGAAAGUGGCACACCUUCAAACACAGGAAAAGAACUAAUACUGAAUGCUCAGUAACCAGCGAUGACAUUGACAGGAAGUACCAGCAAAACCCACAAGGCACAAUGAUCUUCCAAGUGAAGGGACAAUCCUACCAGCUGGACUUUGGAGCGAUGAUCCAAACCAACUUGAAGACCAAUCAUUCACGCAGGAUCAGACGUGUGUAGGAGAGGGUAGUAAAGAGGACGCCAAAGACUUCAGGAAGACGAUUGUGCAAUACCGUACUCUAUGCUUUAAUCAGAGAUUCAUUUAUUGUAUUUGUUAAAGAGAACACUUUUCAUUGGUAGCUUUCAAUAGGUUUUGCUGAUAAUUGGCCUCUUUAUGGGAAAUCAAACAUAGUGUUUACAUUAGAGGGGAAUACAUGGUGCUAUUCAAUUAUCCUGUUGAGUUGGUUUUCAUAGGGUUUAUAUCAAAAGCCAUUAAUGUUUAUUAAAACUAUGCAAAUACUGCCAACUAACUAUGCACUCAGAUAUUGUACUGUACUGUAUUGUACUGUUUUGUUUUGUUUUGUUUUCUCGAAAUAUCAGUUUGAAUUGUUGACAUAUGACUUACUGCACACUGCCAUACCAGAACUAUGCAAAUCAUUUAUGGUGCAACAGAAAUAGACUAAUACUGCUAAAAUGAUUAGACAUAAUAAUGGUUGUAUUCGUGUAACACACACAUUGCCAAACCACACAAAGUGCAUAUUCAAAGCCAUUUACUAUGCUGCCUUUGCACAGGUGUUUUGAAUGACAUACUUUUGAAACCGGUAACUCAGGUGUUUAAAUUCUGAUAUUAAAAUAAUUGUGAUUGUAGAUGCAUAAUUCUUCACUUUGAUCAUUUUGACUCAAGUUGGAGGUCCAAUCAUAGGUCUUAUUUUGUGUCAUACUAAUGUAUUCUGAUAAGGAACUGACCUGCGUUAUCUGCACUGAGCUGGGAUCCUAUUUACUUCUCUGUAAUGGAAAUCUGAAGAAAAAUAA